AUGCCAGAGAGUUGGGGCAGUCAAUCGCCAGGAUUCAGCCCAGGAUACCCCGAUGAAUUUUACGAGGAUGAUGCGUACUCCACGGAGGAAGACGAGGACAACAGCAGAGCAAGCACGGCACAGUAUGGCGAAGGUGAUGAAAGCAAGCUGGUCAGGAGCGCGAGUGUUGGUAAGAUGCAAAAACCAUCAAUCGUCAUGAACCGAGCUCCGAGCGGCGGCGACCCGUUACCGCAGGAAGCAUUCAGACCAACACCAUCACCUCUCCAGAAUCAGCUCCCGCACAGCCCCUUCGACAACGGCACAGGCUAUCUUGAAGGGUCUAGUUCCUCAGGAACGGUGCCCACGAUGGCAGCUACGGCAACCACGCCUUCAGUAACAGCUGAUGCCAUGCUUGGAGCGUUUGCUGCUGCCAGUUCAACAAACCCCGAGGAAAUGAGAAAAGUCACACCCGAGCCACGGCCGUACAACCGCCUAUCGGCGAUUCGUCGCCCGCCAAAGUUGGGCCUAGACAUGAACUCUGUCAGAGAGAUGGAGUCCAGAGGCAGUAUGACCAGUUUGCCAGACUUGAUCAAACGCGCAACUCGCUUAGCCGCGCUUAUUGACCGAGGACGCCGGCCUGCAAGCAGAUUUGACAUGGACGGAGAAUGGCCGGAUGAGAAAGCGUUUGGGCGCGAGGGGGAGCACCAAAUGGCAAACAUGUCAGGAAGCCGUGGCGGUACGCCAGUGCAACCCAUGACACGCGCCAUGGCAGCCAGAUCAUCUCCCUUGGCAAGGUUGGAGUCCAACAGCGAUGAGGGCUCUGUCAAACGUAAGAGAAGGUGUUGCGGCCUACCACUCUGGGCCUUUAUUUUGAUUGUUGUCAUCGUUUUGGGUAUCAUCGCCGCUGCCAUCAUCGUUCCUCUCGAGUUCUUCGUCUUUCGGAAGAACAGGACAGGCAGCACUCCCACUACUGAGCCGGCUCUGGGUCAAUGCCAGAACCAGCUCAAGUGUGAGAACGGCGGUACGAAUGUCAUUUCGCAGAAUGUCUGCUCAUGCAUUUGCACGAAUGGAUUUACCGGUCAGACUUGUUCUGUGGCCGGCGCAACCGGAUGCACCACGACCACUAUCACCGGCACCUCAUCUAAUUUCAAUAAUGUCACCCUCGGCCAGGCGAUACCCCGCCUCCUUCAGCAGGCUCAGACCAAUUUCACCGUCACCUUGGACGGAACCGACAUUCUGGCAAAGUUCAACACGGAGAGCCUCUCUUGCAUUGCGCAAAACUCGCUUGUUACCUUUGAUGGGCGCUCAACUCGCCAAGGCACCACCAACUCGCAAGAGGUGGUUGCCAACGUGGGCGUCAACGCUGACAACAUACCCAUCCAAAUCAUCACGCUGCUUCCUGGGCAGGCGACGACGAUUACCUUCAACUUUAUCGAGACUGGUGCCGUUAUUGGUCCCUCUGGCGACAUUGUUGGCGGGUUCACGACCCUCUCAGGCCCAUUCCGCGUCACGACGAUCCACGCCUCCAGCUCGACCAUGUGGGCUACCAUCCCUAUGAUGCCCACGCCGACGACAAUUAGCUCGAGCUCGACGGCUCCAGUCACGAUGCCUACAAUUCCGCCAGCAACCUCGGUGCCGCCAACGACAACUUCCACGCCACCGACGACAACAUCAGCACAGGGCCCCCUGGUUCCCUCAGUACCUGUGUCUCCAUCGCCGUCGCCCACGCCUACGUUCAGCGUCACGGAAGAGACUCUUGACUUCGCGAGAGUCGCCGUGCUGCUUAUUCUCGAGAGGCAGAACCUGAUGGCCGCGACGACAGCACAGACGGUGCUCCAGCGGUUCUUCACGCAGGCAGGCACAGGCAGUCGGACAUCAAACGGAGGCGUCGCCAUCAGCCAGGCAUUGAAUGUGACGCUCGGCGGAGGUAAUUCGGUAGACCUGGUCCACUUCCUCGUCAACGUCCCCGGGAACACCACGACGCCGACGACGAUGACGGCGACGAACAGCACCUCACCCGGUGUCGUCGCCGCAGAAGGGAGCUGA